UGGUUCCGGAGUGGCCUGUUAUUGUUUUUUACAGCAGCAGUACAUCUCGAUCUCCUUCCAGGCUGACAACAUGGAUAUGUAUGCUGUGCCCAACCCCGAAAUACCAGGCUGUCCACCGGGAUUAGAAUACCUGACUCAGGUGGAUCAGCUACUCAUCAAACAGAAGGUUGAAGUUGUUGAAGCCCUCGUCGGUUUUGAAAGCAACAACAAAUAUGAAGUCCGCAACAGCCUGGGUCAGAACGUGUUCUACGCCGUCGAGGAGAACGACUGUCUGAGUCGACAGUGUUGCGGUCCCAUGCGCUCCUUCACCAUCCACGUCCUUGACAACUUUGGACAGGAGGUCAUCACCGUCACCAGGCCACUUAAGUGCAUGUCAUGCUGCUUCCCCUGUUGUCUACAAGAGCUGGAGGUGCAGUCUCCCCCUGGUAACACGGUGGGGUACGUUAUACAACAGUGGCACCCGUUCUCCCCCAAAUUCAUCGUCACCAACGAACAGUCCGAGCCUGUACUGAAGAUCCACGGGCCCUUCUGUGGAUGGAGCUGCCUACCAGAUGUUGACUUUGAGAUUUUGACAAUGGAUGAAGUCAGUAAGAUUGGGAAGAUCAGUAAGCAGUGGACAGGGCUUCUUCGGGAAGCGUUCACAGAUGCAGACAACUUUGGUAUCCAGUUCCCCAUGGAUCUGGAUGUGAGAAUGAAGGCUGUAAUGAUCGGUGCAUGUUUUCUCAUUGAUUUCAUGUUCUUUGAAGCUACUAACUAGGAGCCAAACAGGAAACCAAUGUAAGCAUACAAACAUUCCUGGAAGAACAAAACCACAAAGCCAUGAUGAUCAGUCCUGAAUGCCCUUACAUAGAACAACCUUCAAACAGAUCAUUUAAAAGGAAGUACCGAGUUGAAUACAUGUUACAUUUUUGCAUGAACAAUGAAAUAGAAGGUUGGUUUUAGUCUUAGUUGCUCCGGUUGGUUGUUAACACAUGUCACUGGGCUGUUAGUACACAGUGCAGUGUUCUAAUACAAUGUUUGUGAGGAAGUUUUCAUUUGUGUUUACAUUAUGUUCGCUGAGCACAUCUGGGCCUAGAACCUUUAAGUGACUACUUACUUACUUACUAAAAACUUGAAUAGUAGGAUACCAUCCAUAUACAAGUACAUGAAAAGGGAAAACCAUGGCAGGCAAGUGCUGUUAUACAGUGUGUAAAAGAAAGACUGCUGUCAUUAUGGAUCGUAUGCAAAAUAUCAUCUGUGUAAUUUGGUCAUAUUAAUAGUCAAGAUGUAUUAAUUUAUAUAGAACUGUAUGCUUGUAGCUAUAUUGUGUGAGAACUAAAAUACUUAUGUAAUGUAGUAGUUUCUAGUUCAGAUGUUCAAAGCCCUUAUUUAUUUAUUCAUAUUUUCUUUGUUAAACAAUUUUUCAUCAUACAAUAAUGUGUGUGUGUGUGCACUGCUUUUGUGUGCGUGUGUGUGUGUGCAAUGAGCGUACUUUAACUGAAACAUAAACCAUCACUGGAUUAUAACAAUAUCUUUCCAUCUUGUAAUAAUAAUUGAUUCUGAUAGUCGACUAGAAGUUGUUUAUUUGGGAAAGGAUGUGUUAUGGCUUGAUGUGUCCCGGUCUUGUCCACAAGAGGGAGCUAGAUUUUUAUUUAAGAAUAACCUGACACGGCCCAAAUGGACAAAUUCAAUACCUGCUUAUGCCAGAAGUUUUUAUUGGAGUACUAGUUUCUGAAAACCAUGUAUAUUUUUUGGACAAACUCAGGUUGAAAUGCAUGCUACUUUAUUAAAGAGAUGGCUACCGCUCCAAGAAACACACACCUGCAUCUAAUACUAUGAAUAUAAAGAUAGUGAUCUUUUGAAGGAGAUUUAGAAAACUAAAUCAUCUAAAUAUAAUAUAUAUUACAUUUCCUGGUAUAUCAACUUGAAUGUUAAUCUUUCUCACUGUCAAAUGUAAAAUUAUGUGAUUGGGGAUGGUAAAAAGUAAAGUAUUGUAGCAAAGACAUCAUCUAUGUGCUACAACAACAUUAAGGCCAUUAAAGCUCGUUUGUAGCAUCAUGAUAAUAGCAUGUAUGUCAUCUGUGGUUCAGGAAAACUGGAAAAACACCCAUCUUAAGUCAUUUUCUAACAGAUAUUAAGUGUUAAAAGCUUUUAAGGCUAUUAUUUUUGUAAUAAAGUACAGCAAACUGCCAUUUGGAAGAGCUUAUAUUUCCAGUGACUUAACUUCUCUUGUGUCAACAGUGUUUAAUUGUGUUUGACUAUUUUUCAAAACUUGAUUUUAGGACUAAAUACAUAAUUAAGUGCUAAAGAAUGGGUGGAUGUUUUUUGCAGUCUACUGUUUGCAUGGCUUAAGUUGUUGGUGUACAACUCUAAGUAAAUUUGAUAUUACAUUCUCGCCAUUAAGAUUACUUUGAUCAUUGAGUUGAAUGGAUUAAUAGUAUGAGAUGCUGGUGCUAUGUCCUCUGAAGGCUCUGUGAUUGUGUUUAAAAGCCAAAAAUGUAAGUCAGAAUGUGAUACAAAGGGAGUUUAGCUAUUCCCAGUCAGCUAUGUUUUUAAAAGAACCGUACUUUUGCACUAAUGCUGUGAAUUACUUCAAGUCAUGCAAUGAAUGCAAACAAACUCUGUGAGGUUAGCUUAAAUUGUGCAAAUAGUUCAUGGA